AUGAACGGCACCAACGGCACCAACGGCACAAUAAACGCGGCCAAGCCCAACAUUGGCGUCUUCACAAACCCAAAGCAUGACCUGUGGGUGAGCGAGGCUACGCCGACGCUCGAGAGCGUCAAGAGUGGGGAGGAACUCAGGGAGGGACAGGUUACCGUCGCCAUCAGGAGCACAGGCAUCUGCGGGUCGGAUGUCCACUUUUGGAAACACGGCUGCAUCGGUCCAAUGAUUGUCGGUUGCGACCAUAUCCUGGGCCACGAGUCCGCCGGCGAGGUCAUUGCCGUCCACCCGAGCGUAACAAGUCUGAAAGUCGGUGACCGCGUUGCUGUCGAGCCCCAAGUCAUCUGCAACGCCUGCGAGCCAUGCCUGACAGGCCGGUACAACGGCUGCGAGAAGGUCGACUUCCUGUCGACGCCGCCCGUCCCAGGCCUGCUCCGGCGCUACGUCAACCACCCGGCUGUGUGGUGCCACAAAAUUGGAGACAUGUCGUACGAGGACGGCGCCAUGCUCGAGCCCCUCUCGGUCGCCCUCGCGGGCCUGCACAGGGCCGAGGUGCGGCUGGGCGACCCAGUGCUUGUCUGCGGCGCGGGCCCCAUCGGCUUGAUUACGAUGCUCUGCGCCAAGGCUGCCGGCGCGUGCCCACUGGUUAUCACGGAUAUCGACGAGGGGCGUCUGGCGUUCGCCAAGGAGAUCUGCCCGGGGGUCAUCACCCACAAGGUUGAGCGCUUGUCGGCCGAGGACUCAGCCAAGGCCAUUGUGUCGAGCUUCGGGGGCGUCGAGCCGGCGGUGGCACUUGAGUGCACGGGAGUCGAGAGCAGCAUCGCCGCGGCCAUCUGGGCGGUCAAGUUCGGCGGCAAGGUGUUCGUCAUUGGCGUGGGCAAGAACGAGAUCCAAAUCCCCUUCAUGCGCGCCAGCGUCCGCGAGGUCGACCUGCAGUUCCAGUACCGGUACUGCAACACAUGGCCGCGGGCUAUCCGGCUGAUCCAGAACGGCGUCAUCGACCUGUCCCGGCUGGUCACGCAUCGGUUCGGGCUUGAGGACGCAAUUAAGGCUUUCGAGACGGCGUCAGACCCCAAGACUGGCGCCAUCAAGGUGCAGAUUCAGAGCUUGGAUUGA